CAAAAAGCUUUAAAGGUAUAUAUGAACACUUUUUAUGGGAAGGCAGGCAACUCAAAAUCUCCAAUCUUUCUUCGUAAAUUAGCCUGUGAAACAACUACAGCGGGAAAAUAUAACUUUAAUCUUAUUGCUGAAUUCAUAUCAAAGAAAGGGUUUGGGAUAAAAUAUGGGGAUACCGAUUCUUUGUAUUUCACUUGCCCAGAUAGGUACUACGAGAAAUGCGAUGAAGCCUUCUCCAGAAAAGAACUUUUCAAAGAAGCGUACUGGACUGAAAUGGUCAAAAUUACUAUGAAUAUGAUGAAAAAGUUGCGUGAUCAAGUAAACACUAAUCUUAGGAUAAAAAGUAGAACAUCUUAUCUAAAUAUGACAUAUGAAGAGGUAUUAUUUUCUGUCUGCUUUACUGGUAAAAAGAAAUACUUUAGGGUUGGGCAUGAAGAUGUAAUAAACUUUAAACCGAAAAAUCUUUUCAUGAAAGGGAUAGAUACCGUAAAGCAAGGUAAAUCCCAGCUUCUCAAAUUCAUCGGAGAGAAGAUAAUGAGAGAGGCUAUGGAUAUAAAUAAUACGCGCCCAAUUGACAAAAUUGUUAAAGAUACUCUUAGAGAAGCAGGAAACAAGAAAUGGGAUUUCAAUGAAUUUAUUGUGAUGGGGACAUGGAGGCCUAAGAAAAAAAAUCUCUGCAAUAAUCGCUUUAUGAAACGUAUGAGAGAAAGAAAUGAGAGGAUUCCCGAUCCUGGUAAACAGUUUAGCUAUAUCGUUGUGAAGGCUCCCCGUUUUCAUGAUGAGAAAAGCAGGUUAAUACCAUAUAGAGUUGGGGAUUAUAUGGAGUAUCCAUCGAACAUAGGAAAAGAGCAAAACAUGAAAAUAGAUAUCAAUUAUUAUUUAGGCACUACAGUUGCAAUGUGCGCACGCUUUAUCAAUGAGAACGAUAGCUAUCAACCACACCCAUCACAUAAAAUAAUGCAGAUCAAGAAUCCAGAU